UACCAUGCAUCCCAAUCAUGUAAUACAAAAAGUCUCCUUUUCCACUGUUCUUAAAUUACUUUUUUUUUUUUUGGGUCAACUAAGAUAGAGUGCAUCUAUUUUAUUUUAGUUUAUAUAUUAUGUGUUAAUUAAUAGUACACGUAAUUACGGUGGCCGCACCCGUUAUACGACUUAUCUUGGUUUAAUUAUGUUUAUAGCUUUCCACGCAUGGAAUUUUAUAUGCCGUCUUCAGCGACCAUAUGUAACCCCCUCCUGUACCUAGGCGGUAUAUAAUUGACUUAGAAUUAUGAAAGCCUGAGAGGAAGAAAGCAAGCAAGAAGCUAUAUAUAUACACACACAAAUACACAACUGCUGGCAAAUUGGCAAUGGCAGGGAAGCAAUCUCUCGUAGUGAUCUUUCCCUUCCCACUCCAAGGCCACAUCAAGCCAUUGCUGUGCUUAGCAGAGCUUCUCUGCCAUGCAGGCUUUCACGUCACCUUCGUCAACACCCACCACAACCACAAGCGCUUGGCCAACCCCGAAGCGCUCUCCACCCAUUUCCCAACCCUCCACUUCGAGUCCAUCUCCGACGGCCUCCCCGACGACCACCCCCGUGCCUUGAAUGGCGAGUUGUUGAUAGCGUUGAAGACGUCCAUUAGGCCUCAUUUCCGGGAGCUCCUCGAAACCAUUUCGAUCAAGGCCGAGUCAAAUGAUGCUCCGGCGCCGCCUCUCAACUGUAUUAUAACAGACGGGCUCGUCACUUUUGCGUUUGACUUGGCGGAGGAGUUGGAGAUUCCCGUUCUUAGUUAUAACGUUCCUUGUGCUCGUUACUUGUGGACUUGUCUUUGUCUCCCGGACCUCAUUGAGCAAGGACAACUUCCUUUUCCAGAUGAUGACAUGAGUGUGGAAAUUACCGGAGUGUCUGGAAUGGAUGGCCCUUUGCAUCGUCAAGACUUGCCAAGUUUUUGCAGAGUCAAACAAGCUAACCACCCAGCUCUUCAAUUCGCCAUCAACUGGACCCAAGCCCAAAGGCGAGCCUCAGCUCUCAUCCUCGACACAGUUUAUGAGCUCGACGCUUCGUGUCUCUCCCACAUGGCCCUCAUGUUUCCCAAAAUUUACACCCUCGGACCACUCCACGCCCUCCUCAAUGCUCAAAUAGGUAAUGUGUCCAAGAGUCUAGCAUCCCACGGCGGUCUUUGGAAAAGCGACCCAAAUUGCAUGACAUGGCUUGAUUCCCAGCCGUCCAGGUCUGUUAUCUACGUCAGCUUCGGGACUUUGGUCAACUUGACACGUGCCCAAAUGAUAGAGUUUUGGUACGGUCUGGUCAAUAGUGGACACCCCUUCAUGUGGGUUAUAAGAUCUGACAUCAUAUAUGGGGCCCAUCAAAUACCAGCCGAGCUUGAAAUUGGUACAAAAGAAAGAGGUUACAUAGUCGAUUGGGUUUCGCAAGAGGAGGUCUUGGCCCACAAAGCAGUGGGUGGGUUUUUGACUCACAGUGGCUGGAACUCGACGCUUGAGAGCAUUGUGGCUGGGCUUCCUAUGAUCUGUUGGCCCAAUUUGGGGGACCAUUAUAUUAUUAGCAGAACUGUUAGUCAGAAGUGGAAAAUUGGUCUCCAAUUGAAUGAAAUUUGUGACAGAUGCAACAUUGAAACCAUGAUCCAAACUUUGAUGGGACCCAAAAGGGAGGAGAUCCAGAGCUCCAUAGACACCAUUUCCAAAUUGGCUCGUGACAGUGUCGUCAAAGGUGGAUCUUCCCACAACAACUUGGAGCAGCUCAUCGAAUACAUUCGAAGUUUGCAACACCACAACUAGUUUUCACUAGAAUUUCUUGUGUUGUUUCAUUCCUUUCGCAUUUGUUGCAUUGAAAUAUGGUUGUUUUCUUUUGGUUGUAACUUGUAACACUGAUCAAUUAAAACUUGCAGCUCCAUGUGUGGCAAAUUAUCAUGGGAGACACAAAUAAUGUGAAAAACCCAGGAAGAAGAAAAAA